CAGCCGCUCGCUGCCGCCCUCCCGAGCUCCAGCCGCGGCGCGUCCCGAACGCCGAGCGGAGCUCUCCGACCUCGCCCCCCCCGCUCCCGCCGCGCUCGCCGCCGUCUCCUCCUCCGGAGUCUGUCGCAGCUGCUAAGUCCCCGCUGGCGGAGCAGCCGCGGUCCCCGAGUCAACUUUCAGUCCCCCCUUGGUGUCUGCCUCGCCAUUCUGAUCUCCUCGAAAGAUGGCUGUUUGGAGAAGGGGGCGAAGUUAGGGGGUCGCUGGCGCGGGGCGAAGGAGGGCGCGAUAGCCUCAGCAGGAGCGGGCGGAGGUUUCUCCUCCACCAGCCCCCCGGGGACCGACGUUGCCAGCUGAAGGAAGGCUGUGAAACUGCAUCCCACCCAUCAGUCCAACCAACUCCCGUGAUGAGCUCACCAGUGCAGCCCGAUGGGGUGGCUGGACGAGAGCAGCUCUUGGCUCAGCAGAGAAUGCACAGUAUGAUCAGCUCAGUGGAUGUAAAGUCUGAGGCUCCUGUGGGCCUGGAGCCCAUCUCUCCUUUAGACCUAAGGACGGACCUCAGGAUGAUGAUGCCCGUGGUGGACCCUGUUGUCCGUGAGAAGCAGCUGCAGCAGGAGUUACUCCUCAUCCAGCAACAGCAACAGAUCCAGAAGCAGCUCCUGAUUGCAGAGUUCCAGAAACAGCAUGAGAACUUGACACGGCAGCACCAGGCUCAGCUUCAGGAGCACAUCAAGUUGCAACAGGAACUUCUAGCCAUAAAACAGCAGCAAGAACUCCUAGAAAAGGAGCAGAAACUGGAGCAGCAGAGGCAAGAACAGGAAGUAGAGAGGCAUCGCCGAGAACAGCAGCUGCCUGCUCUCAGAGGCAAAGACAGAGGACGAGAAAGGGCAGUGGCAAGUACAGAAGUAAAGCAGAAGCUUCAAGAAUUCCUUUUGAGUAAAUCAGCAACAAAAGACACUCCAACUAAUGGAAAAAAUCAUUCCGUGAGCCGCCAUCCCAAGCUCUGGUACACGGCUGCCCACCAUACAUCAUUGGAUCAAAGCUCUCCACCCCUGAGUGGAACAUCUCCAUCCUACAAAUACACAUUACCAGGAGCACAAGACGCAAAGGACGACUUCCCCCUUCGGAAAACUGCCUCUGAGCCCAACUUGAAGGUGCGGUCCAGGUUAAAACAGAAAGUGGCAGAGAGGAGAAGCAGCCCCUUACUCAGGCGGAAGGAUGGAAAUGUUGUCACUUCAUUCAAGAAGCGAGUGUUUGAGGUGACAGAAUCCUCUGUCAGUAGCGGAUCUCCGGGGUCUGGUCCCAGUUCUCCGAACAAUGGGCCAACUGGAAAUGUUACUGAAAAUGAGACUUCGGUUUUGCCACCGACUCCUCAUCCUGAGCACAUGGUUUCACAGCAACGCAUUCUAAUUCACGAAGACUCCAUGAAUUUGCUGAGUCUGUAUACCUCUCCCUCUCUACCCAACAUCACCCUGGGGCUGCCGGCAGUGCCCACCCCGCUCAGCGCUUCAAAUUCACUCAAAGAGAAACAGAAGUGCGAGACCCAGCCGCUCAGGCAAGGCGUCCCACUGCCCGGGCAGUUCGGGGGGGCCCUCCCGCCGUCUUCCAGCCACCCGCACGUCGCCUUAGACGGAAAGCCCAACAGCAGCCACCAGGCUCUCCUGCAGCAUUUAUUACUGAAAGAACAAAUGCGACAGCAAAAGCUCCUUGUGGCUGGUGGGGUUCCCUUACAUCCUCAGUCUCCUUUGGCAACAAAAGAGAGGAUCUCACCUGGCAUUAGAGGUACCCACAAAUUACCCCGUCACAGGCCCCUGAAUCGAACCCAGUCUGCACCUUUGCCUCAGAGCACAUUGGCUCAGCUGGUCAUUCAACAGCAACACCAGCAAUUCUUGGAGAAGCAGAAGCAAUACCAGCAACAGAUCCACAUGAACAAACUGCUUUCGAAAUCUAUUGAACAACUGAAGCAACCAGGCAGUCACCUGGAGGAGGCAGAGGAAGAGCUUCAGGGGGACCAGGCCAUGCAGGAAGACAGAGCGCCCUCUAGUGGCAACAGCACUAGGAGUGACAGCAGUGCUUGUGUGGAGGACACCCUGGGACAAGUUGGGGCUGUGAAGGUCAAGGAGGAACCAGUGGACAGUGAUGAAGAUGCUCAGAUCCAGGAAAUGGAAUCUGGGGAGCAGGCUGCUUUUAUGCAACAGCCCUUCCUGGACCCCCAGCACACGCAUGCGCUCUCGGUGCGCCAAGCUCAGCUGGCCGUGGUUGGCGUGGAUGGAUUAGAGAAACAUCAUCAUGUCUCCAGGACUCAUUCCUCCCCUGCUGCCUCCGUUUUACCUCACCCAGCAAUGGACCGCCCCCUUCAGCCAGGCUCUGCAACUGGAAUUGCCUAUGAUCCUCUGAUGCUGAAACACCAGUGCGUUUGUGGCAGUUCCACCACCCACCCCGAGCACGCUGGGCGGAUACAGAGCAUCUGGUCACGGCUGCAAGAAACCGGGCUGCUAAAUAAAUGUGAGCGGAUUCAAGGUCGAAAAGCCAGCCUGGAGGAAAUACAGCUCGUUCAUUCUGAACAUCACUCACUAUUGUAUGGCACCAACCCCCUGGACGGACAGAAGCUGGACCCCAGGACACUCCUAGGUGACACUUCUGAAAAGUUUUUUUCUUCAUUACCUUGUGGUGGACUUGGGGUGGACAGUGACACCAUUUGGAAUGAGCUGCACUCGUCCGGGGCUGCACGCAUGGCUGUUGGCUGUGUCAUCGAGCUGGCUUCCAAAGUGGCCUCGGGAGAGCUGAAGAAUGGAUUUGCUGUUGUGAGGCCCCCAGGCCAUCACGCUGAAGAAUCCACAGCCAUGGGGUUCUGCUUUUUUAAUUCAGUUGCAAUUACCGCCAAAUACUUGAGAGACCAACUAAAUAUAAGCAAGAUAUUGAUUGUAGAUCUGGAUGUUCACCAUGGAAAUGGGACACAGCAGGCCUUUUAUGCUGACCCCAGCAUCCUGUAUAUUUCGCUCCAUCGCUAUGAUGAAGGGAACUUUUUCCCUGGCAGCGGAGCCCCAAAUGAGGUCGGAGCAGGCCUUGGAGAAGGAUACAACAUAAAUAUUGCCUGGACAGGUGGCCUCGAUCCCCCCAUGGGAGAUAUUGAGUACCUUGAAGCAUUCAGGGCUGUAGUGACGCCUGUGGCCAACGAGUUUAAUCCAGACAUGGUCCUAGUUUCCGCCGGAUUUGAUGCAUUAGAAGGCCACGCCCCUCCUCUGGGGGGUUACAAAGUGACAGCAAAAUGCUUUGGUCAUUUGACGAAGCAAUUGAUGACACUGGCUGAUGGACGUGUGGUGUUGGCUCUAGAAGGAGGACAUGACCUCACAGCCAUCUGUGAUGCAUCAGAAGCUUGUGUGAAUGCCCUUCUUGGAAAUGAGCUGGAGCCACUUGCAGAAGAUACUCUCCACCAAACCCCGAACAUGAAUGCCGUUAUUUCUUUACAGAAGAUCGUCGAAAUUCAAAGCAAAUACUGGAAGUCAGUAAGGAUGUCAGCUGUGCCAAGGGGCUGUGCUCCAGCAGGGCCUCAGUUGCAAGAGGAGACAGAGACCGUUUCGGCCCUGGCCUCAUUGACCGUGGAUGUGGAACAGCCCUUCACUCAAGAAGACAGCAGAAUCUCGGGUGAGCCUAUGGAAGAAGAGCCAGCCUUGUGAAGUGCCAAGUCCCCCACUCUCCCCCCGCCAAUAUUUCCUGUGUGUGACAUCAUUGUGUAUGCCCCCCACCCCAGCACCCUCAGACAUGUCUUGUCUGCUGCCUGGGUGGCACAGAUCCGAUGGAAUAUAAACACCGGGCACAAAAUUCUGAACAGCAGCUUCACUUGUUCUUUGGAUGGACUUGAAAGGGCAUUAUAGAUUCCUUAAAUGUAACCACUGUGAUUCUAAAGUUACAGUAAACCACGAUUGGAAGAAACUGCUUCCAGCAUGCAUUUGAUAUGCUGGGUGACCCACUCACUCCCAGGCCCAAAAUAUAAAGUAGAAACAGCCAAUACAGCAUUAGAUCCUGUUCAUUACAAAUGCUAUCACAGCCAGUGAAAUUUGGGGCAAAACCUAGGAAAUACUUGUUCCUGACAUUCUAAUCAGUUUUUUUUUUAUUGGAUGACUUUUUGUCAAACAGCCUCACAUUGUUUACAGGAUUUGCUUUCAGCUAUGAACAGAUAGCAAUUCCUGACAGAUCGCAGGGAUUUUGUUUUGUUUUGUUUUGUUUCUCUUUUGGCCUUGGUUUUAACACAUGGCUCAACUCUUGCUGGUUACGAGUUCAAGAUGGAGGGACUGGGCUGAGGCGUUUUCGGUGGAAUAAACCACACUGCAUCUCAAAGUCCAAAUGCCAAAGGAACCUCAGAUGCUGUGUGUAAUGGUGCAAUAUUUCAUGUCACCUUUUCAAAAAUUAGACCUGAUUUCCCUAACAUCCCUCCCUGUGUUCUUACACACACAGGACACUUGCAGCUGGAUUUGAGGGUGAGCUCUCUCCCCCCCCCCCCUUGCUCUGAUGGCAGUAGUUCUGGCAUAUGUUUGUGGAGGAUUUCUGGCGUCUUUGAAAACUUUUCAAAGGUGGUCUUCAUCUGUUCCAUUCUCUCAAGAGUUUAUUCUCUCAAUUCUCUUUACCUGCCCUACAUCACUUCUUUUUUCUUACCUUUCAUCCAUCCUUCCUAUAGAAAAGCUGAAGAUUACCCAUAAUCUCCGCAAUUGCUCAGGAGCUUUGAGUAUUGACUUUUUUUUAAAACUUUUGUAGGUUAGCACAGUGCUUGGUCUGAUGUGUUCUUAUAGCUGUGAAAUCAUUGAGGUGAAUAUGGCUUAAACAAUGUUACUGAAUUUUCUAGAUCUUUGAAAUGUGUUAAUGAAGGCAUUGCCUUUUUGAUCUCACCUUGAAUUGAGUUAACCUUGAACUUGUAUCUUUAUGCAAAAAAAAAAAUCAACGACAAACUUAACCUUUGCACAUGUGGCCUUAGUGUCAAAGACUAAACAUGAUGGACAUUUAUUUGUAAAAUUAAAAGUAACUUACUAAAUAUGAGUAGGUUACCUCCCUACCAUCCAGAAUUCAACUUCAGUGUAUAACUCGAACACAUAAAUGCAUUACUAUAGAAUACCUCGCAGUAUUUAAUAUCUGACAAUGCUUUUGAAAGAGUUGAUGUUUCUUUUUAUAUAUUUUCCUAACUCAAAGGAUAUAUUAAAGCCAUAAGUGAAGAUUGUCAUGCUUUUAUUCAGAAAUUUGAAAGAAACCUUAAUUAAAACAAGGCUUUAAGGAAGGCCAUGAUAUGAAAGAUACGGAACAAUAUGGUUUUAGUUAAGGAGGACUCUAACCUGUAAAUCAAAGAUGAAAGAUUUCACUCAAGUAGAAUUAUAUAACUCCCUUUUGUGAUACAGUCAGACCAUAUUUUUCAUUCAUAUGGUUUUUUUAGGAUUACCAUUUUAAUUUUAAAGACUUUUAUUACAUAUACAAAAAUGGCUCAAUACUUGGUUUAACAUCUUAGAAAUUUGAGAUGCCCUUUGAAAUAGGAAAUCUAAAGUGGAAUGUAACUCAGUAUUAGGUAAAAAUUACUUUCAUUGAAUAAAAGAGUAAGGUCAAUCUUGAUUCACAACAGUAACAAAUUUUUUAUAAAAAAAAGUCAUGAUAUUUUCAGAGAAGUUCCUGCCAAUCAUAUUUGUUAGCUCUUGUUAUUUUUCUGUAAUUCCUUGAAAUUUACUUAAAUAAAACCAAAUAAUGGAGCCAAGGGGAUUUUUAAAAGGCUCCCCUCUUUACAACUAAAAGUUAUACCAUUUUAACCAGAAACAUAAUUGUGACUAUUUAAAAUAGAUUGAUAAUUAUAAAUCUCUAUUACUUCUUUCACUCCUCCCAUAUAUUUGUAGAUGCUAUGUAAAAAAAAAAUGAAACAGCAUGCAAACAUACUCAUUUACUGAUGUUUUCUACAAUAAUUUUGCUGCAUUUUUAUGCACAGCCAUGGGUCUGAUAGAGCCAAAUCCCUAGGAUAUCUCCAUGGUUAUUUAGAUUUAAAACACAACAUGUUAACAAGUUAAUUCUGCAUCUUGCUGUGUGAUACUGUACCCAACUGGUUGCACAGAGAGUCUCUAGAAUAUACAGAGAGGCAGAUAAACUAUGAAGAGGAUUAAUCACAGCAGAAUGUACUUGUGGGAACAGAAGGCAGUGCUUUCUGAUUAUACCCUAACAAGGUGGAGUGUAGCCCUCAGGAAUAGAACAGAUGCUUUGGGAGAAUAGUAACAUGUCCUGGAAAUAGCCAGCACUUUUCAAAACCAUAGUGUCAGUUGUAGUUUUCUUGACUAACCUAUUUAAAUUUUAUUGCUCAGAACAGUUACCAAUAUGAGGUUAUUAGAAGAAUUUGUCCUAAGCUUUAUGAACAGUAUAUAUUUCUGAUGCAUACUUUGAAAGAUAAUCACAUAGACUUUCUCACAAUCUCACAAUAACUCACACAUGGGGAAUAAAGCAUUUUAGAGAAAUCUAUUAGUAAACAAGGCUAGGAGUUCAAUUUAACAAGAUUUGAUUAUAGGUACAAAAGGAAAUUAGUUUUCUCAAUUAUAUAGUACAACCUAGGUUUGUAUAUUAAAUUGAAAAAAAAAACAGUUUUAUUAGACAAGUAAGUGACCUCAACCAGUAAUGGAGGCUAUUUAAUCAUGCUUUGUAAGUUGGAAGAGUAUUUUGAGAUAAAAUAUUUUAAAAUAUUUUAACAAGUUUACACCACCAAUAGUGGAGAUGGAAGUCAUCUUUCGGAAUAAACAGAGAUCCUUAUGAAAAACCACUACCAAUCGCAUUUCCAUUACCAAUCCUAGGAACUGACAUCUUGCCUUUACCUCUCUAUGACAACAUGGUGGGUUUGAAAACAGGACACCUCACACGAGGUUUCAGAAACUAUGGGGCUGGACUCUGUGAAAAGCUCAGUGCUGUUCUGUUUCUUGAGGUCAUUCAUAAAGCUGUGUAGAUAUCCUGGGUUUUGUUACAGACUCCACAUGGGAGUAAAAUGAAUGACCCUGUGGAAAGUCUCCUGCAAGACUAUUUCUCUCUAAUCAGUACUUUAUAUUAUUUUUUUAUCCCAGCAUUUAUGUGUAGGGCAAUUUAUUUAAAUAUUUCUUCCUAUUUAUCUUUUGAAAGUUUCCUCUCAGUUUGUUUCAUUACUUUGUAAUUAUUUUGAAACUCUUGAAACUAUUAAAUGUUUAAUAGUCACGAAACAAACAGGCCAAAGGUUUCUGCCUUAAAAGUGAUUCAUUCUGAGCUUGAAACAAUCACUCUGUCAGAGUUUGACAUUGUCGUUUCUGGCAGCAUCUUUCUUAACAUUCCUUUCCUGCUUCAGAAAUGAAAUCACUUGACGUGCUGAGAAAAUAAGAAAAAAAAAAAGUAGGAAACAACAUACCUGUCCAACUCUUCCACAAAGAGGGUCUUUUCAGCUCCAAAAGAAAUGAAAACCAGAUGAUCUCUGCUAAGAAAUGAAGGCAUUUGAUUGUGGUCUUCAAAACUGAUCAUCAACGUGGUUGUGACCAUCAUCAAAUAUUUCUUGAGUCCUCGAAGGACACAAUUACACUUCAGGCUCCAGUGGUGUUUUGUACUAUUACCUGCCUUUUCAAUGAAGUAUCAUGAGUAUUACAUCACCUUCAUCACACCAUCGCUAAAAUCCGGAAGUGCCUGUGUAGGGCUUCUUUUCCUGGUCAUAUUUUCACUGGAAAUCAUAUGGACCCUCACCUCCUAACGGCUUUCAUGUAAUCCAUCAAAUGUUUCAUGGAGCGCAGCAUGAGUGUCCUGUGGCCAGAGUAUACAUUUUUUAGAUGAACAUGGUAUACUCAGAGACUCUAGAGCUUGGUUACUUCAAACCAACUGCAGUCCAGAUUUUUUUUUUCUGUCAUAUGUACCUGGCUUGUUUUGUAUAGUGGUUUAUGCAACAAUUGAGUCAGCUAUUAAUAAGCUGGACAAAGCUCGAUCAGACAAUCGAACCUUCAACAACUGAUGUUCUGCUGUUUGGACUUGAUCUCUAUGACAGAGUAAAUAGGGUUGUAACAAUUUCUCAAACUGUCUUAAUUCUCAACCUGAAACAUUUAGCAAAUAAUAUGGUGAAUUCACCUUACAGUGCCAAUCACUCUAACCAGUAAUUUCCUUCCCACUCAUCUCUCCCUCCCCUGUUCAACUGCCAAUACCAAAUUGCCACAUCUAAUCUAUCAGAAUAAUUUUCUAAAUCUCUAUGUUUCCUGAGUAGAAACAACCUUGGCUAUUUAUUUUUUGAGACAUCACUAAAUAUAUUUUCUUUUCUGUCACUUUAUAUAAACACUCUAGUACCAUAGCUACUUUUUAUCUUCCUUUUUAAGAACCACUUCGCUUUUUUUACUAUUCUUAUCUUAAGAGGUAGAUCAAGUUAUUGUGUUCUGGUGUACAUUGUUGAACCUGGCACCCUGUGUGACGAAUAGAGAACUUCUCUUCUUGUCGCCAGUAGAUUUUCUGCUGUUCUUGUCUCUGCCCAUUGUGUUGUGCUAGUUGUCACAUAAAGGGUUGUACAUUUUACAUUCUUGCCCUUUGGGUAAUGUCUUUAGGAGUCAAACCCACAAGCAUACACUCCAAACUGAAGAAAAAAUAGCAAAAGAGAAAAUUUAAAUUAAUGCAAUUUGGAAGCAAGAUAUUUCCAGGCUAGUCAAAGGAAAUUGAGUCCUUUUAUGUUUCUGUUUGGGCCUUAGGCAUACACUGAAGGCAAGUGUUGCAACACCAAAUCAAAUAAGGAGGAUCCAACGAUGUUUUGUGAGACCUUGUGGUCACAUCCUUUCGGCUUCAUUGUGCAGCCCUUUUUGGGAGUCGGCAUUUUUUGACAAUUGAUAGAGGUCUUGCAGCAGUUUCUGGCUAUGGCUUUUAUUAACUUAAAAUUGAGUAGAAAUGGAAUAACUUUCUUUUAAACUUAGGAAUUAAGAAUUCUAAAAUCUGAGGAGGAAUAGCAAUUUCCUUGGAUAUGCAAACAUUGUUUUUAGAUAAAAAAAAAUCUCCAUAUGCUCCUUUGAAAUUGUGAGAUGUUCACUCUCUUUGUGGAUAAGCAAUGCCGGUGUCUGUCUUCACAACAGCUGAGUUAUAUGAAGUUGCCCUUUCGGUGGUUGCUGGACAGAAGGAGCAUGCUGUUAAAAAUGAGUGACUGUUUAGUAGAUUAUAGCGUAGGCAGUUUGUGUCAUUUGAAAGCAAAUACCCUGAUUUUUUAAGUAAGAUGGGCAGGGCAGGCAGGAAUCCAAUAUUUAUUACUCUUGUGAUUAAACUCUCUAAGCCAGGCUUGAUGUAUAUGCCAAUAAUCUGGAGUUCCUGGCUUAGGGUACAAUUUAAAUGUCUUUUCUAUCGUGGUCUUCUAUCUGUUUCUGUAAUAAGAUCAGCGUGUUGUCCUCUGUGCACCAGUGGUUUUGCCCUUAAUUUUUUUGGCUCGCCUUCACCAAAAUCUGUCAUCCAGUGCUGCUGAGAAAGCCACGUGUUGCCAAACCUCUUUUCUGAAAAUUGUGCUGCCAGUGGUGUUUUCCCAGAUGUGAAAAAUAAUUAUCCAAUAAAGGAUUAAUACUUAAUAACAGUACUAUGAUUAAACAUUUUCAUGCAAUGUUCACCUUCUUUCUGAUUCCUUUUCUGUAUUUGAAAACAUUAAAUGGAAAAUUCAAUGGUGGGUUCCAAAUCGUUGCUGAUGUUGUUAACAUGCCUCUCCUUCAAAGCGGACGAAAGAUUCCCUUCUGUCUUGUGUUUUCUACUGAAUUACAUUUUCUUCUAGUCCCAGUGUGAA